AUGCAGCUAUUAACUUACCUACAAUCGGAGUUAAAAAACUCAAGAUAUGAAAGCUUUAAUUCUCAAGUGAAAAGAUGCAUUAAACAGCUUAAAAGAAACAGUGAAAUCAAAAUAUUUGAAGCUUUUGAUAAAAUUAUUAAAACUGAAAGUCAAAAUUUCGAUAAUGCAGUUGAGAAUCAACUAGGGAAAAUAAAAUUAACUGGUUUUAAUUGAAAUGCGCUUUAUAAAGCUUGGAUUAAAACUUAUACUAGAUAUAGCUGGAUUCUUUUCAAAACUUCGAUCGAUAAAAUAAAUGAUCUAAUUACAACUGAUACCAAAACUAAUAACGUCUCUACAGUUUCAGAAACCAUUAAUAAUGAUCAAAAGAUUUAUAUAGUGAAUAAAAACAAGCUAACUGCACAUGCUGUUGAUCUAAAAGAUAUACCGUACCUUGUCAGCAUAUAUUUUUUAUUGCAUUAA